AUGGGGGAAGUGUGCGCAGCAAGUCGCGGCCCCCACCUCCUCUCCCACCCCACCCCCGCCCAACGCCCGGAGCAGCGCCCCCUGCUGAACACUGGCGUGGCAGCGCCGCGCCCCCCACUCCGGCCUAACGCGGAGUCCGGGACAGGAGCCUCCUCCCGGCGCUGUGGCGCUUCGCCCCCAUUCUCGCCUUGCGAGUGUUACCCGCCCGAGGCUCCCGCCACAAACCGGGGCCCCGCCUCCCUUCCCCGAGGCGGUGCGACCCCCGCUGCCCACGCCGCCCCCGAGCCAAAUGCGCCCUCGGGAGUUAGAGGCUCCGAGGCGUCGCGCGUACCCGCCCAGCUUCGUCCCCACUCCCCUGCGGAGAAGCACCCGCCCCCCGCCCGCUCCAAUUCCUUGAGUGCCUGGGACGCCAGAGGUGGGGUCGCAGAAGGACUCGGCCCCGCCGGUCAGUGCCGCGACCUCGGGGCCAGGGCGCACAGAGAGGCCACCAGGGCGCACGGGGGCCACCAGGGCGCGCAGGCAGUGCUGCCACCGAGGCCAAGGGAAACGGGCUACCGGUCCCCGGCGGUGCUCGUCACCUCCAGGCGAGUUCAGAAUGUCCACACGGGCCUCGACCUGACUGUGCCCCAGCACCAGGAGGUGCGGGGCAAGAUGAUGUCAGGCCACGUGGAGUACCAGAUCCUGGUGGUAACCCGGCUGGCUGCGUUCAAGUCGGCUAAGCACAGGCCCGAGGAUGUCGUCCAGUUCUUGGUCUCCAAAAAGUACAGUGAGAUCGAGGAGUUCUACCAGAAACUGAGCAGCCGUUACCCCACGGCCAGCCUUCCCCCGCUCCCCAGGAAGGUCCUCUUCGUUGGGGAGUCUGACAUCCGGGAAAGGAGAGUCCUGUUCAAUGAGAUUCUGCGCUGUGUCUCAAAGGAUGCCGAGUUGGCGGGCAGCCCAGAGCUGCUAGAGUUCUUAGGCACCAGAUCUGCAGGGGCCACAGACCUCAGCAGCAGAGAUGCCUCUGUCCUGGAGACACGCAGCCAGGGCCGGGACGACGGGGAGGCUUUCGACUUCUUCAAGCAGCAGGACCAAGCAGAGGGUGAGGGUCUACCCAUCCCAGGACUGCAGGGCGUGGAUGCAGGGAAGUCCUCUGAGGAGGAAGAGGAAGAGGCUCUGGACCCUCUGGGCAUCAUGCGCUCCAAGAAGCCCAAGAAAUGCCCCGAAGUGGCCAUGAAGCCCAAACCCUCACCCCGACUCACCAUUUUUGAUGAAGAGGUGGACCUCGAUGAGGGACUCUUUGGCCCGACCACGAAGAUCUCCCCCAAGGGCCCCGCAGAGGACAUGCCCCUCAAGGACCCCCUGAAGCUGUUUGAAGAUCCUGAUCUUGGUGGUGCCGUCCCCCUGGGUGACCCUUUACUGCUGCCUGCCGCCCAUGCGAGUGGAGGGCCCACGUCCCACCCAGAGCUCUUCAGAGUUGAAGAAGACUUGGACCAGAUUCUGAACCUGGGGGCCGAGCCCAAGCCCCAGCCCAAGCCCCAGGCCAAGCCCAAACCGCCAGUGGCAGCUAAGCCAGCGCUGCCCAGAAAGCCGGCCAUUCCCCCCAAAGCGGGUCUGCCUGAGGCUGCGGCGGAACAGCAGAAGCAGCAGCAGCAGAUUCAAGCCAUGGACGAGAUGGACAUUUUGCAGUAUAUCCGGGACCAUGAUGCACCUGGCCAGGCCGCCCCCAGCCUCUUCUGACCCUCCCACCGCUGUGUUGGCCCUGGGCUGGCAGAGCCUCUCCCAUGGAGGGACGCACGGUGAGGUGGGCAUAUGCCCUGCUGGGCGGGGACCUUGGUUCCCAAGGAAAGGGGGUGGAUGCCCAGGUCAGAGGACCCCUGUACUACUACCUUGUUCCUUUUUUUGUUCUAUUUUGUCUGGGGCGGGGGGUGGUCAGAGAGCCCUGUGGGGCACAGAGAGAGAAGUCACCAUAGCAAUCGGAGCCCCAAUUGUCUCAGCCAUGUGGUUGUGGAGGGGAGAACACGUGGGGGGCCUUGCUAACCAGCUCAGCCUCCAGGGUUAAGGGACACCAGAGGGGUUCCAGGAGGCCACACUCAGGCAGGGAAACUGUGUUCACUCACGCCAGCUGCACAGUCAGGAGGGUCUGCCCGGCCUGGGGGGAGGGGGUGGAGUCUGUGGGCAGUGUGGCUCCUGGGGACCUGGAGAAGGUCCCUAGGAGAUGGGUGCUGACUGGGUGCCUGGGAGAGCUCUUGGUUGGGCAGGGUGUCCCUGAGCUGGCUCUGGUCACCAGGUGCUAAUAAGCAGGGUACUUUCCCAUGUCCAACUUGAGGGAGACCUGAGGCCCAGCCCUGCCUCUCAAGCCCUGACAAGCCCCUGAUCUUCCUCCUUUCCCAGGGGAGGCCUGGCCACGCGUUGGCCUUUUGGGGCCUCUGCCCCCAUGGCCAGUGUCCACCUUUGCAGCUCGGAGCAGAAUGGUCACAGUGUCCGCUAGCGCUCUGCCUGGGCCUGCAGCUGGGGUGUCCCCCCUCCUCCCACUGGGCCUAGGCAGGAUGCCCUUGGCUGCCCCUUCAAACUCUGUCCAGUGGUGGAUGCGGCCAGGCCUCCCCUGUCCCCCAGAUCUGUACAUGCUCACCGGCCUUUCAGCAGUUGGGGCUGCCUUUCCAGGGAGAAGGAGCCCUGUGCCAGAGCAGGGCCAGUGCCUUAGACUUCUCCUGGACCCCCACGCCCUGGCACGCAGGUCUGCGAAUGGCACAGCACUCAGGAAAUUCUCCACGAAUGAUGUGUAAUAGAGCAAAUAGUCUCUUUUUUGAUAUAUUCUUUGUGUUCAGAACUAGUUUUUAAUGAAACACAGUUUUUAAUGAAACAACCAUCAUUGUCCCUUGGCUUCUGCUUGACAGAGACAUUGGAAGGGGUUUGGGGGCUAGGCCCCCAGACACUUUCCUGAGCAGGGCCAACAGCCAGCUCCGAGGGAGGCCCCCCCGACCAGGCUGGUUGCUUGCCGCUCUCAGAGUCUCUAGAACACUACUCCUGCGCUGGUCCUGCAGGGUGGGGGUGACGACGGCACCCUCGUCAGCUGUCCAGUCUGAGAAGACUGCCCUCCCCCACCCUGGGCCAGAGCGACAGUUGCGAGGUCUGAGACUGAAUGCCUUCUCCUCUGCCUUACCCGGCCUCGUAACGCCAAGGCCACUCUCCCCAGAGCUCCACUGCCAGCCCUCCACGUCCCCACCCUGGAAGGUCUCGGGAGGAGUGCCUGCCCACCUGAGGGCUGCCUCUCUGUUUCCUCUCCUGGGCUAGCUCCCCAGCUGCCACCUCCCACCCGCUGUGGCGCAGGCACAGAGGGCUCAGCAGACAGGUGCCUGGCGCCCAUGGGGGCUGGCCCGCUGGAAGGCGUCAUGGAGAGAACCUGCCAUUGUGGCGUGGGUCCUGUGGGUUCAUCCACAGUGUCUGGCGCUGCCUAGACACUUCAUGAAGAUGUGCACGUCCCCAAAUAAUGAUGCUCAGACUACGGCUGAUUUUCCACCAUAGGUCUGUGACCUACUGGUGAAUUGAUGACACCCAGUAAUCCAAUAAAGUUCAUGUCAGUGACUCAUUCCAA